CCGACAGGGUGCGCGCAGUUUAACACGCUUUUACAUUAUUGCCACAGGCAUUCACAGCGUUCACAUCCCAAGAGCGAUUAGAAGAAGUAGCCUGACAUGUUGGCAUCAACCACGGAGCGAGCUGGUGUGACAGGACCCUCUGACCCAACCUUCCUGGACUCGGAGUUUCGUUAUGUCCUCUUCUCAGUGGUCUAUGGCAUCAUCUUUAUCCUGGGCAUCUUUGCUAACCUCUACGUACUGUUUGUCCUGCGCAGGCUCCGUGAGGCCAAGGCCAUGGGCGAAAUCCGCAUCUACAUGGCCAACUUAACAAUCGCUGAUCUCCUUUUCAUCUCCGCCCUUCCUUUUUGGAUUGGCUAUUAUAGUCGUCGAGGUGACUGGAUCUACACAGACUUUAUGUGCCGGCUAGCCGGCUCGUUGUUCUUCAUCAACACCUACUGCUCCAUCCUCUUCCUUGGAGCCAUCAGUGUCAACCGGUACUGGGCGGUCACUCGACCUCUGGACGCGGCUUCCUCAGAUCACAGGUACCGUGGGAUCAUCGUAUGUGUUGUCAUUUGGGUGUUGACCACAUUGAUGACUAUCCCCUCUCUGGCAAGUCCAGGGACUAACACUAAUAAGAAUAACAUCACUCGCUGUUUUGAGGGGUACCAUAAUAGAACAGAUCCAGAGAAGAAAGCAGUGGCUGCCAUGCAUUUCGCAGUCAUCGGAAUGUUUUUUGUUGUCUUUAUUCUUGUCGUGGUGUGUAAUUUCCUUAUUGCUCGAGCGUUACUCUAUCAAAAUCCUCCUCAGUCAGAACUCAAAUCUGCUACAAUUCUAUCCAGAAAGUCCAACAGGAGCCUGGCCACUGCUGCAAAGCCCAGAGGUGUGAAACGAAGGGCUCUGCAGAUGUUGCUGGCAGUAGUGGGAGUGUUCGUUCUGUGUUUCCUGCCCCACCAUGUAGUUCAAGGCCCCUGGACACUGGCUGUGUUGCAGAUCAAACAGGGUUGGGGCCACACGGACUGGGACCAGGAGACUCUUCAGGCGCUCAAUGAUGCACAUCAGAUCACCUUGGUUCUUAUGGGCUUCAACUGUAUUUUGGAUCCUGUAGUUUAUUUUUUUGCCACAAGGAAGUUUAGAAGGUUUAUCAUGACCCAGAUGAAAAAGAUAGGAAGGGGAGAUGCGUGCUCACAGACAGUCACCUCUCAGCUGUCCAUAGACAGCAGGAACCACAGCCAGAGGCUCCAGGGCGAGAACCUACAGGUGGAAGUGAAUUGAUUCUUACAUUUAAAUACAAUAUUCUGCAGCUACAGUCAGCUGGCAGUUUAUCAUGUACAGUUUGCUAAAAUAAAUGCAAUCUAACACAACAGUCCUGCAACAGUCCUUUAUGAAGGUUGCAAUGUUUAAUUUAUUAAAGACUGUUUUUGAGAGCUGUUGAUUCGACUGUAGGAUCAUUUUGGAAGCUGGAGUUUGUGCUGCUGUUGAACUGUACUGCCUUAUACAGAGAUGUGUACAUAAGCACAAACUACAUCUUCAACAAUAAUCACACGGUUGAAUAAACUCUACAAAACAAGUUCCCCAAACAAGUUCCCCAACAACCUAAAGCCUGUAAACCUCAUGAAGAAAGGCUUUAGGACUGUUGUACUGCACGUCAUUAGUUUAAAGGCUUUAUUCUAUUAUAAAGCCUCGUCCGGUUCUUUCAAACCAGGAACUCAGAGGGACGAC